ACGAUUCGCGAAGAAAAUGAAAAUGUGCUAAAUAUUUGAUUGCUUUCGGACAACUCAGUCAAUUUAUUUAUUUUUUUUUUAAUAACAAUUAAUAGAGGUAACAGAUACGAGCAUAUGCUUGAGAGCCCUUUGAACAUUGAAAUAGUCUCCGUAAAAUUCAAUUCAUGACGAAAGUAGAAAUAGAAGAUAAAAUGAGGUGCGAAAUUAUGUCCAUAAGCAUAAUUUUCCUAGUAUUAUUAGUAAGUGCGACACGGGCUGAUACCUUCGAAGAAUGUGAAAAUGCACCGGAUGACACGUUUGUAAGCAGCUUAGAAAGUUGUCAAAUGUACAUUUACUGUAAUGGCGAUGAUUCAUAUUCGGGCGAAUGCGAUGAAGGUCAAUAUUUUGAUGGCGAUGCAUGUGACGCUGCAGAAAAUGUAUAUUGCCCACUAGAUGACGAGAGUGAGACAGAUCCGGAGGAGCCUGAGGAACCGGACGAACCAUCCGUUACAUCAACUUCAACAACCACAACAACAGUGAUGACAACGUUAACCCCACAAACAGCCACAACCAAUACUGGUUCCAGUACGAGCACUUUAGAACCGAUGGCCAUUGCGCCUGUGGUUAGGGAACAAUGUCCUUCAACCGAUGAUCUCAAUGAAAUAGUGCUUUUGGCAAAUACACAGUCUUGCACGAUGUAUUAUCUUUGUUAUCACGGGUAUCCAAUUGAGAUGCGUUGCACAGACAAUUUGCAUUUCAAUAUACAAACAGCAAAGUGUGAUUUCCCCGAAAAUGUACAUUGUAUGAUCGACCGACCAAAUGCAAAUAAAUGUCUACCACAUGUCACCGACUUUUUCCCCCAUCCAGAGAAGUGUAAUUAUUUCUACUAUUGUAUCAAGGGUUUCCUGACAGUACAACAGUGCCCUUUCUACUACGGAUGGGACAUUGAACGACGAUCUUGCGUGUUUCUUGGGCAGGCAAAAUGUGUUGAAGGUUCAAAACGAACAUAUGACAUCUACGAAGCGUGCAAUGAUAAACCAAGUCACGCGUUCAUAGCCAGCAAUACUUCUUGUAAUCAUUACAUAUACUGCGCUGGUGCUGAAUCCUAUGAAGGGGAAUGCCCCGAAGACGAUUACUUUAAUGAACUGUUACAAACAUGUGAUCCAAAGCAUCUUGUCAAUUGUAAACCUGAUAACUCCGAUAGCUUCAGCACCAACUCAACGACUACCACGACACCAGCUCCAACAACUACAACAUCGAGUACAUUGAUAACUCCAACGUCGGUAGUAACUAGAGAUAUGCCCAUUACAAAUUUAUUCAUACCAACUGUGCCUAUGACACAUAACACUCAAACACUCCAUGACAAUACAACCUCUACGAGCACAAUGGCGCCAGCUGUUUCGCCCGGUGAUACGCUCAUACUAAUAUCCACUGAUUGCCCACAAACGGAUAACCCUAAACAGAUGAUUUUCAUACCACAUACAAAGUAUUGUUCCGAUUAUUUCAUUUGCUAUCGUGGCGAAAGACUGGCAAUGCACUGUUCUCCUAUGCUACAUUUCAACUCUAACUCUGGGAAGUGCGACUACCCGGAAAAUGUUCGAUGUCGCUCUGACUUUACCAAUCCUAGAGAGCUCUGCCAGCAGCAUACUGUCGACUUGUUUCCGCAUAAAACUAAUUGUAACUAUUUCUACAACUGUCGAAAGGGAUAUCUCUUGCUGCAGCAAUGCCCCUUUAAUUACGGCUGGGACUAUGAAAGACGCACGUGUACGGUACUACAACAAGCUAAAUGCUACAACAAAAUUUUGUAUAAGAAAUCAUUGAAAUAUUUGAGUCAAAGUGUAAAUUUUACAAUGGAUAUUAAGCUCUCCCGAGUCGCUUUCAUUUGCUUAGCAUGGGCAACAGCAGUGUUGGAUAUUUCCAACGCGCUCACGUCAAAUUUAUUCCUGCGGACCGUUGCGAAGCGCCAAAAUAAUGUAUGUUUAAAUCACACAGCCGGAGAAUUUGAUAGAAAUCCAGAUGACUGCCGUUCAUUCUAUUUGUGUUUGGAAAACGGACAGGCGGUCUUAGCCCCCUGCCCUCCAACAAUGCUUUUCAAUCCGGUCAGUAAGCUCUGCGACACCGCUGAUAAUGUCAAUUGCGAAGCUAGCACUACCGGAGUGGCCAACGUUUCGAACAAUAAUAAUAACAAUAACCAUAAUGGUAAUAACGACAACAAUAAUAAUAAUAACAGUUAUAAUAAUGGAAAUAGUGUUGGUAAUGCACUGCUAAACGUCUCCCAAUACUGUGCUUCCCAACCAACCGAGCAAAAUCGUAUAAUUUUCGUUGGUAGCAGCAUAAAUUGUCAGCAAUACUUCAUGUGCUACUAUGGACAAGCAGUUCUGCAGGAAUGCAGUGCCAAUCUACACUGGAAUGCGAAUAUCGCAAAAUGCGAUUUGCCCGAAAAAGCUGGUUGUCAAUUGGAAAACGGUGAUACCAGUGCUAGCUCAUCUGAAACAUUUAACGGUAAUGGAAAUAGUGGCAAUGGUGUUGGUACUUCGGAAAUAGGCAGCCAAAGUGGGGGACAAUCGAGUACUGACGAACUGAUUAAUUGUCCAAUAUAUGGACAACAUGUAUUUCCACAUAUGUCGCGUUGCGAAUAUUUUAUUUACUGUAUCAAAGGGCAUGCCAUUCUGCAGCAGUGUCCAUUUUAUUACAAUUUCGAUAUUGUGUCAAAAAGUUGCAAAUGGCGCAGGAGCGCCAUCUGUGUACGCGAUUUAAAUAUUAAUUUUCAGAAAUUAAUUGCGAAGUAAUAACUUGUUGUAACAUGCAUUAAUAAAACCGAAGAGAUAUAUAAUUCUCUUAAA